AUGGCCUUGUCCUCUCUCUUACUCGCUGGAAACAAAUCUUCGAUAGACAAAGAGCUUGACUCACUGUUCAAAACAAAUGUGCCGGUCUCAAGACCACAGCUCACGCCCAACAAUACGUCCGUUAGUGCAAAUACACCGAGUUUGAAGAGGAAAAAUGGAUCCGAUGAUACUCAAGAUGCCAAGUCUCCUUCAAAACGCGUCAAGGGUGGGGUAACAAUCACAACGACCAAGAAAGAGAAGAAGGCGAUAGUCACCGAGAAUGAAAAGAGUAAAAGGAAGGUGAAGGCAUCAGGGAAGCAGAAAAGGAAUGUCAGAGAUUCAGAAGGAAUUAGUUCAGAAGGCGAUGAAGUGCACGACGUCGGCAGCGAUGACGAGGAUAAAUCUGAUCUGGAGAAUGCAUACCUCAAGAGGACCCUUGCGGGUAAUCAAGGAAAACAAAAGGCCCAGCAGGGAGACUCUGAAGACGAGGAUGAGGAUGAAGGAGAGGUUAUUGAAGAUGCUGACUCUGAAUCGGAUUCAGAUACGCUACCACCCCAACAUGAAUCACUGUCCAAAUCUUCGAAACGAACAAAACAAAAGUCUGUGCCCAAGGUGAAAUAUGUCCCUGCAUACGAGACACCUGAACAGCGUCAUGCCCGUACUAUAUUUGUGGGUAACCUAGCUGUAGAGAUCGCCCAGAAGAAGCCUCUUCGCAAACAGCUUCAACGUCAUAUCUUAUCAUUAAUUCCUACCACUACCCCUGGGCCCAAACCCAAGGUCGAAUCCAUACGCUUCCGUUCCGUUCCAUUUGCUACACCAACAAGUACGUUACCAGAGGACGAAGACAAUUCUAAAGCAAAAGGCAAAGCGAAGAGAAAAGAGCCAUCCCGACAACAUGAUCUCGACAGGACGUCUAACUGGCGAGGAAAAAAUGCCGAUGGGGAGACCGAGAAGAAGUUCCUCACGCCUGCACAGAAGAAAAAGGUUGCAUUCAUCACGCAAGAGUUUCAUUCCUCUGCAAAUAACAUGCAUGCAUACAUCGUCUUCGCCCAUCCUCCUCCCCUAGAUGAGGCAUCGUCGUCUGAUGCAAAACGCAAAUCAAAACUUCCUCCACCUCCUGCGGUUAUGGACCCCUACGAGGCUGCACGGUUGGCAAAGGAAGCAUGCGAUGGUACUAUGUUCAUGGAUCGUGCGAUUCGAGUCGACGUCGCCGCGAAAAACGCCUCAGCGGCUGCAGUGAACACGGAGGGUCGUGUCGUGAAGACCGAUGUCGACCCCAAGAAAUGCGUGUUCGUCGGAAAUUUAGACUUUCAAAGUCGAGAAGAGGACCUAAGAGUGUUUUUUGAAGGUGUUAUCAGUUCAGAGAAGGGUCCAAGGUCCACUGACUCUGACGACAACGAAGACGACAGUGAGCUUGAAGGCAAGGGGCAGACUCGAGCUCAACCACGAAAUUGGGUCAAGAGGGUUAGGAUUAUACGAGACAAGGACACACAGCUAGGAAAAGGGUUUGCUUAUAUUCAGUUUAUCAAUCACGAGUGUGUGGACGAGAUUCUCGCUCUGGAACCAUCCAAACUCAAAUUCGCGAAACGUAAGCUUCGCGUGGAGAGAUGUAAAACCCUGCCUGGAGUAUCCAUGAAGCUGUCAUCGAAACCGAAAUCGUCCGUGAAAUCGUCUAAACCUUCCCGACCAACCCCUGUAUCCGUUCCUCAAGGGGACCCCUCUCUGGGGGAAAAACUCGCACACUUGUCGAAAGAAGAUAGAAAGAAAGUCAAAGCCACAGAUCCUGAACGUCUUGCCAGGAGACUUGCCAAAAAGAAAGCUAGAAUGACCUUGGCGACACCCAGAAAAGAUUCGGAAGGUAUCAAGAUGGCUGGAAAAGAUCGGGAUCGAGAGAGAAAGACAGGUGCUGCAAAGGGUAAAGGAAAACAUGGAACUGGGUCAGCCACGAAAGGCAGGGUCAGAAGUGAGAAGAGUACUGCGAAGAGAAACGCGAAGAAGUAG